AUGGCGUUUCAUACUUUGUGGCGGAAGUGGAUGAAAGAGUGCGUAGGUACAACAACUGCCUCGAUUUUGGUAAAUGAGAGUCCUACUAGCGAAUUUCCUAUGAGAAGAAGGUUAAGACAAGGUGACCUGUUUUCCCCUUUUCUUUUACUAAUUGUUGUAAAAGGUCUGAAUGUUAUGAUGACUGCUGCGACAGAAGCUAAUAUGUUUACUGGUUAUAGUAUUGGUUCAAACACUCCAAUUGUGAUCUCUCAUCUGCAAUUCGUGGAUGAUACUCUUCUGUUAGGCGUUAAGAGUCGGGCAAAUGUCAGAGCCUUUAGGGCUGUCCUAUUUCUUUUCGAGGCCAUGUCGGGACUGAAAGUAAACUUCGAUAAGAGCUUGUUGGUUGGUGUAAAUAUUGAUGAGUCAUGGGUGCAUGAGGCCACCUAUGUUCUGUCGUGUAAAAUUGGUCGGUUACCAUUUAUUUAUAUGGGCCUUCUUAUUGGGAGUGAUGCUAGAUAUUUGAUUUUUUGGGAGCCAGUAAUUUACUGUAUUAAGGCUAUAUUGUCUGUUUGGAAGAGUAGAAAUAUGUCUUUUAGUGGUCACUUGACUCUUCUUCAAUCCUUCCUGUCUUCUCUUCCUGUCUACACCCUUUCUUUUUUCAGAACUCCCUCAGGUAAUUGGUGUUGGAGGUGUCUGGUGGAUAGGAAUGGUUUAUGGUAUAAGGUGUUGUCAUCUCGUUAUGGCGAGGAGAGAGGGGAGAGGUUUAGGAGACUUUUUGAUUUAUCUGUUGACAAGUAUAUGAAAGUGACGGAGAUGUAUUCCUUGGGUUGGGAUGAAGGAGGGGAAGCAUGGGGGUGGCGUCGGCAGUUGUUCGCGUUGGAGGAAGAUUUAGGGGGGGAGUGUAGAACUCUGCUUUCUAAUGUUACCUUGCAGGAUGUUAGGCAGUGGCAUCCUAAUGUGGGUGAUGGUUAUACAGUCUGUGGUGUGUAUCAAAUGCCCAUGAGGCAGGAGAUGCAUAAUACAUACGCAGCAGCUACCGCAGUUUGGCACAAAAAUGUUCCUCUUAAGGUUUCAAUUUGUGCAUGGCAUCUUCUUCGCAACAGGUGGUCUACAAAGGAUAAAUUGGUUCGUUGUGACAUCAUUCCGUUUGAUUCUCAAUUGUGUGUGACCGGAUGUGAUUCCAAUGAAUCAGCAGACCAUCACUUAAUUCAUUGUCCCACUUUCGGUGAGAUAUGA